AUGGGGUGCCGCUCCCUCCUGCUCCUGCUCCUGCUCCUAGCUUUCCUGACUCCUGCGGCCUCCAGCCCCGUAUCGCCGUCACUGAGGGCCCCUAGCAGCCUGCCCUGGUCAACCAGCUUCAAAUCCCGCCCCACUAUUACCCUGAAGUAUUCGAUUCGCUACAUCCAACAGAAGGUUGAUCACUUUGGAUUUAAUAUUGAUAGAACUUUUAAACAGCGGUACCUAAUAGCUGAUAACUACUGGAAGGAGGAUGGUGGAUCAAUACUUUUUUACACUGGUAAUGAAGGGGACAUUAUCUGGUUUUGCAAUAACACGGGGUUCAUGUGGGACAUAGCUGAGGAAAUGAAAGCCAUGUUGGUGUUUGCUGAACAUCGGUACUAUGGAGAGUCCCUACCCUUUGGUGCUGACUCCUUCUCGGAUUCCAGACACUUGAAUUUUCUGACAACAGAACAAGCUCUGGCUGAUUUUGCAAAGUUAAUCAAAUACUUGAAAAGAACAAUCCCAGGAGCUAGAAAUCAACCUGUCAUUGCCCUUGGGGGCUCUUAUGGUGGCAUGCUUGCAGCCUGGUUCAGGAUGAAGUAUCCUCAUUUGGUGGUUGGAGCUCUUGCAUCCUCUGCCCCCAUCUGGCAGUUUAAUGAUCUGGUGCCUUGUGACACAUUUAUGAAGAUUGUAACUACAGAUUUUGGCAGAAGUGGCCCAAAUUGUUCAGAGAGUAUCCGCAGGUCCUGGGAUGCCAUUAGUCGACUUGCAAAAAAGGGCCCUGGCUUGCGUUGGCUUUCUGAGGCCCUUCACUUAUGCACUCCGUUAACAAAAUGGCAGGAUGUUCAGCAUUUGAAAGACUGGAUCUCUGAAACCUGGGUGAAUCUGGCAAUGGUGGACUACCCUUACGAGUCCAACUUUUUACAGCCUUUGCCUGCUUGGCCUGUCAAGGUAGUGUGCCAGUAUUUCAAAUAUUACAAUGUACCUGAUACCCUGAUGCUGCAGAAUAUUUUCCAAGCUCUGAAUGUAUAUUACAAUUAUUCGGGCCAGGCGAAAUGUCUCAAUGUCUCAGAGACAGCAACCAGCAGUCUGGGAGUCCUGGGUUGGAGCUAUCAGGCCUGUACAGAAAUGGUCAUGCCCACCUGUUCUGAUGGCGUUGAUGACAUGUUCGAACCUCACUCGUGGAACAUGAAGGAAUAUUCUGAUGACUGUUUUAAACAGUGGGGUGUGAGACCGAGGCCCUCUUGGAUCCCUACUAUGUAUGGAGGCAAGAACAUCAGUUCACACACAAACAUCAUUUUCAGCAAUGGCGAACUAGACCCCUGGUCAGGAGGUGGAGUAACCAAGGAUAUUACAGACACCUUACUUGCGAUCGUCAUCCCAAAUGGAGCCCAUCAUCUAGAUCUCCGAGCCAGCAAUGCCUUGGAUCCUGUCAGUGUGCAGUUAACUCGCGCCUUGGAAGUUAAAUACAUGAAGCAGUGGAUCAGUGAUUUCUAUGUCCGUCUGAGAAAAAUGAACUGA